CAUUCAUAUUUUAUUUUUAGAUUCCACGACUACAGAACAAAAAGGUUUCUCUUAUUUCCUUAUUGUACUGUGCUAGACAUAUCAAUAAAGUGAUGUGUGUUUUACUCUCUGCAUAUAAACAUAACAUCCCCGUUUUGCAAUUUCCAGAAAAUCGAGUCGGACAAUUUUAAUUGUUUUUUUUUAGCACUCAGUAGAUACCACUGAUGGUGUACUAUUAGACCCCAAGGUAUCAUCAGCCCAGUUGCCAUUGAAGAACAAUGAGGUCUGUCUUUACUUCAAAUAAUUUUGAAUUUCUCAGUCAUAUAAUCAUGCAAGCGUCUAACUUUUCUAGUAAUACAUGUACACCGCCGAAAUAGUUGCCUGUUGUGUUUUCUUUAAAUUGCAGAAAAUUUAUUUUUGCUACACAAUUGAGAAUCACACUAAAACAAAUGCACUUUUAUUCGCUUCCAGGUUAAAGUUUACAGAGAAUCCAACAACUAUGCAAAAGCUAUAGAGCGCCAUUUCUCUGGGUUUCAACAGAACUAUGAUGACAGUUACAACCGACUUCAUCUUACAUGGGGCAUGAAGCCACAAAACAUGGAAUCAUGUGACUGGAAGUCAGGUGACUUUUGUAAAGGACAGUCUGAAAUCGAUGAACGUUUUGAUAUGUCGUCCUCUGAAGCACAAAUCUCACUCAUGAACUUGUGCCGACGAUUAGAAAAUUUUACAGAUGAAGAAAUAACAUCCUACGGAAUAAAAAGAAACCCAGUGACUAACAAACCAGAAAUAUCAUGUUUUAUGUCGGCCUUCUAUAGAUUUAUACAGAAUACUGGUUACCUGGAAAAUAUUCCAUUUCCGUUUACAAAAGAAUCUGUUGUUCCGUUUAUGAGAAGGAAUUUUCAUAUAUACAACAUAUCAAGUGUACCUGAAAAUUUUAACAGAUAUUUUGAGAUUCUUGUAUCUUAUUGGCUAAGUAAUGGAUAUACACACACUCUAACUGAAGACUUCUUGACAUAUCAUCGUCUCAUUGGUGAGGUAACAAUACCAGGAGUAACGCAACGUUUCAACAGAUCGUCUUUUAUUGGAACGUAUGGAACAAGACUGAGAGUAGUUGCAAUUGAAAUUAACACAACAUUUAUGUUUCAAAAUCUUGGAUAUCGAGAAGGCAAACCAAUAUAUCAUUUGUGGGAAAAGUUUAUACAGCAGGAGGUAUCAAAGAUGCCAAGUUCUAUGAAAAGUGGCUUCCAAUCUACUCAAGAAUCGUGGCACUGGAUAAAAAUUCAAGAGACUCUUGUGAAAUCUGCAGUUAGAGGUGUUGUCAUUGGAAUUUCAUUAGCAUUUCCAAUUUUAACUAUUACGACAUUAAAUGUGGUGAUUGGCUUUCUUGCUACCAUUUGUAUUACUAUGAUAACCGUGGUUGUGGUUGGUUUAAUCCCUCUGAUUGGAUGGAAACUAGGGGUUUUGGAAUCGAUUAAUCUGAGUUUAAUCGUAGGACUGUCAGUUGAUUAUGUGGUGCAUUUUGCAGAGGCAUACAGAACCUCACCAUUUACCCACCGCAAAGAUCGUGUAAAGAGUAUGUUAGAAGGCAUGGGACUGUCUGUACUAUCAGGGGCGAUAACAACCUUUGGCGCUGCUGUUUUCAUGCUGUUUGCUGAAAUUCAAUUUUCAUAUCAGUUCGGAAUAUUUGUGAUGUGCACAAUCGGAACAUCUUUUCUGUUUUCCUUUGUGUUAUUUCCUGCAUUUAUGGCAUCAUGGGGACCCGAGGGAAAUACUGGAUCAAUUACAGCAAUUGUGAAAUCGAUGAAAUUAAAGUGUCAACGGAAACAGGAAUAUAUGAGAGUUAAUCGCGAUGAAACGUACGAUUCAGACAUUGAACUAUUGAGUUAAUUGCAAUGAUAUGUACGAUUCAGUCAUUGAACUAUUGAGAUUAUUGCGAUUAUCAAUACUUUCGAUUCAGACAUUGAGAUUAUUAAUUUGUGAUGAUACGUGCGAUUCAGACAUUGAACUAUAGAGAUUAUUGCGAUGGUACGUGCGAUUCAGACAUUGAACUUCUGUUGUAGUAUUAAAGGCAUUAUUCAUAAAUUCUAAUGAUCUUUUUUUAUUCACAUUUUUUUUAUUUCAGCUUAUUCAUGAAUUGUACAAGACCAUAAUUUAUCAGUCUAUAGUAACCGUUUAUUGUUAUGAUGUUUUCGUUAUUAUAUUUUUUAUAGAUAUGAUUAUAAAAAUGAACUUUAUCUGAAUACUGAGGACCGCGAAUGCUUUAAGCGCUAAUCAUAGAAACAUUUUGACGAUCCAUUGAUCAGCCAGUCGAAGACUGUUAUGCAGUUGUCUGUCCGUUUGGGAUAACACAUUUGUACACUUAAGUCUUAUUCGAUUUUGACAUUACCUAUUGACCAGAAACUUUAAAUCAACGGUAAUAUGAGAACCUGUACAAUACUUUCGGACGAUUUUCUCAUUUGUAAUAUGAGAGAUUUAUAGCUUUAUUCAGUGAAAUAAAUGUUUUAUAAAUUCAAACAUGUAAAAAAAGCAUUUAUUUUAAUAAAGGGGAUUAAAUUUGUU